CCGCCCCGCCGCCAGGAGCUCCGCAGGCGGGAAGCCGACGGGCCGCGCAGUGCAUGCCGGAAGCGCGCUCAGGCCCAAUGGGGGCGCGCGCUGAGCCACGUGAGCCACUUCCGGCCCGCCCCCGCCGCCAACCCGGAAAUGGGCGGAGCAGCGCGACUAGAGCCCGCCGUGGGGCCGCGCCCGGAAGUGACGAUUGGUCUGAUGUUGACACCGCCUCCGCUUGGCCCACCGAAUGGGUUUUGGCCGGAAGUAAGGGCAGUGGCGUCGGUGUGGCGGCUACGCAUGCUCAGAAGAUCCACGCAUGCGUCCUGCUAGCAAGGAAGCAGGAAAAUGUAUGAUGCUGUUCCAAUCCAGUCUAGUGUGGUUUUAUGUUCCUGCCCAUCCCCAUCAAUGGUGAGGAACCAGACGGAUUCCAGUGCUCCACCUGUCAUUUCCACCUGUGGCAGCAGACAGGGGUCUAACAUGGAGGGCACUGCAGCUGAAUCAAGGUCUAGUUCAAACUCUCUACAGCAACAUUCAGGACAACAGCCUCCACAGCCACGAAAGAAACGACCUGAAGACUUCAGAUUUGGAAAAAUUUUGGGUGAAGGAUCUUUCUCAACAGUUGUCUUGGCUCGAGAAUUGGCAACUUCCAGAGAAUAUGCCAUUAAAAUUUUAGAGAAACGUCAUAUCAUAAAAGAAAACAAGGUACCGUAUGUGACCAGAGAAAGAGAUGUAAUGUCCCGUCUGGAUCACCCUUUCUUUGUGAAACUCUACUUCACUUUUCAGGAUGAUGACAAGCUGUACUUUGGCCUUAGCUAUGCCAAAAAUGGAGAGCUUCUAAAAUACAUUCGCAAAAUUGGCUCAUUUGAUGAGACUUGCACCAGAUUUUAUACUGCUGAAAUUGUAUCAGCAUUAGAGUACUUGCAUGGGAAGGGAAUUAUUCACAGGGACCUUAAGCCAGAGAAUAUUUUGCUAAAUGAAGAUAUGCACAUUCAAAUAACAGACUUUGGAACAGCAAAAGUAUUAUCUGCAGAUAGUAAACAAGCACGGGCAAACUCAUUUGUAGGGACAGCACAGUACGUUUCUCCAGAGCUGCUGACAGAGAAAUCUGCCUGUAAAAGUUCUGAUCUCUGGGCUCUUGGAUGUAUAAUUUAUCAGCUUGUAGCUGGAUUGCCUCCAUUUAGAGCUGGAAAUGAAUAUCUUAUAUUUCAGAAGAUAAUUAAGUUGGAAUAUGACUUCCCCGAAAAAUUCUUCCCCAAGGCCAAAGACCUUGUAGAAAAGCUCUUGGUUCUAGAUGCUACAAAAAGAUUAGGCUGUGAAGAAAUGGGAGGGUAUGAACCUCUGAAGGCUCAUCCAUUCUUUGAAUCAAUCUCAUGGGAGAAUCUGCAUCUUCAGACACCCCCGAAGCUCACAGCGUACUUGCCAGCAAUGUCUGAAGAUGAUGAAGAUUGCUAUGGAAAUUAUGACAAUCUCCUGAGUCAGUUUGGCUGUAUGCAAGUUUCUGGUUCUUCCCACUCGCUGUCUGGUCCAGAAAUGAGUCCACCACAAAUGUCAGGUGGUAACAUCGAACAGUACAUUCAUGAUCUUGACAGUAAUUCCUUUGAACUGGACUUGCAAUUUUCUGAAGAUGAGAAGAGGUUACUUCUGGCAAAACAAGCUGGUGGAAACCCAUGGCAUCAAUUUGUAGAAAAUAACUUAAUACUAAAAAUGGGUCCAGUAGACAAAAGAAAGGGAUUGUUUGCUCGUCGGCGCCAGUUACUCCUCACAGAAGGGCCCCAUUUGUAUUAUGUGGAUCCUGUCAACAAGGUUCUGAAAGGGGAGAUUCCAUGGUCACUAGAGCUGCGACCGGAAGCCAAGAAUUUUAAGACCUUUUUUGUUCACACAGAUGAAACAGGUGCCUACUUAAUAGACAGAGACCCAACCUACUUUGGGCCAGUGCUGAACUAUCUCAGACAUGGAAAACUGGUUAUUAACAAGGACCUUGCAGAGGAAGGUGUACUGGAAGAAGCUGAAUUCUACAACAUCACAUCACUAAUAAAACUUGUAAAGGACAAAAUAAGAGAAAGAGACAGCAAAAUCUCACAGGUGCCGGUCAAACAUGUAUACAGGGUGCUGCAGUGCCAGGAGGAGGAGCUCACCCAAAUGGUCUCCACAAUGUCUGAUGGCUGGAAAUUUGAGCAGCUUGUCAGUAUAGGUUCCCCAUAUGCCUCUGGCCGGGCCCAGCAGUCAGAGUUUCUGCUGAUAGUAGCACGGGAAGUGAGAGGGGAGGAGAGACGCCUCCAGAAAUGCUGCAGUGAGUUGGUCAGUAUUGGUUCUUCCUAUAACUACGGAAAUGAAGAUCAGGCUGAAUUUCUGUGUGUUGUCUCGAAGGAGCUGCAUAAUACACCGUAUGGCACAACGAGCGAGCCCAGUGAAAAAGCAAAGAUUUUGCAAGAGCGAGGUUCCAGGAUGUGAAGACAGUAUUGAACACUGAAGAUUUUUUUCCUCUUUUAUUCCAAGAUGCAGUGAAUUGUCACAUGGAAGAGGCUUGGCUGUGAAAUGAAGAGAUCUGAUUUAGACAAUUUUCUGUUGCUCUGGGUUGAACCAUUUUUGCCUAUAAGCUGGUAUAAACUGGCUGAAAGCACUGCAAGAUUACUGAAUGGGAAUAGAUUUUGUGAGAGUGUGUUAAGUUUUGGUUCUAGUGCAUGGUUGUACUCUCUCGUGGGCUGACUAAUACUGGUCACAUGGAAAGAAACCACCAUGCACUCCUUUUUUCCUCUGAGACAUGUAGCACUUCCACCUGGUGCUGGCUGACCCAAUGUCGAUCAGUUUGAAGUGGUUUUGGUAUUAAUCAUGAAAACAAUUAAAGGACAAUGUACUUGGUGCUACGUAUAUAUUACAGCCCGUAAAUGCAAAUAUUUGGGCCUACAUUGUUUGUUUCAGAAUCAAUGGCAGCCCCAGUUUACUGUCUUAUACUGCACAUUCCUUAUGGCUCUGUGACACGCUCUCGUAUGUCAGAAAGGUGUAGGAGAUCAGCUGAGACUAGCAUGUAAAAAAUUACACUCCAGGCAGAGGUCCCAUAGGAGAGGAAGGGUGCGCAUCAUGGCUAGAGAGAGGGCUUAUUUCAAUAUACAAAGGGAAGACUAAACUUAGAGAAAAUGUCCCUUGUCUGAGUCAUUCCUCCUGUCAAAACUUCCUCCUGGAAAAGUUAAGCUCCAGUCUUAGCCAGAUGUUCAAAAAGAGAAUCGGUAAUUUUUAAAAAUGAAUUUUACACCUGAGCAUCUGGUCUAUUUUUUCCAAGUGUCUGCUCUACCCAAACGUAUGUACUUCUUAAAUUGCCUGCAAGUGUUGAGUUCCUCUUGGAUUUCAUUAGGUAUUUUUGAGAGUUGGAGCGUGUACGGAUACGUGGCCGGUUAGUGCUAGAUUCCAAUCUCUUGUGAGUGGGUUUAAAAUUGCCCUGAAGUGUGAACAUGAACUCGCCCAAUUAAAAAUUGGAAUUAAUUGCUUUGAAUAUUCAGGAUGUUUACAAGUCCAUCUCCUUGUUGUUUCAACUAUGCAGUUCUUUCUGAUUUUUUUCUAAGAACGCUGCGUGGAAACACUUGACUCAGUUUUUUUGGGACAGGCCUGUGGUAACUUAAUACAUAAGUCUGGGGCGUUUGUUUUAAACAAAACCAUUACCAUGAUCUUUGAAUUUGAUGGAACCAAAUUGACAGUAGGAAAGCUCUCAAUUCUUGCAGCUUCACUGGCCUGCACAGCUUCAGAUGGAGCAGCUUAAAAAGGCUCGUCAGAGACUGUCUGGAAUUCUAAACGCAUUUCAGCCUGUUUAAUGAAACAACCUCAGCAUCUGUGCAUAUACCAUAUCUUCUACCACUGAAGCAUGUAAUGCUUCACGUGAAACCAGACUUGCAAGCGCCUAGGGUCCACCUGUAGUUUUUUUUAAACUGUUGUACGCUGGGAAAAGUUUGCCUGGAACUGUUUGUAAAACCAUUUCUACUGAGUAGGGCAAGCAAUGGGCUCAGUGGCCGUCCAUGCACUGAAUGCUUGAAAGGGUUUGUAACGUGUUCUGCUCCGUGGGCACGGCCUGCACGGGAGGCUGCUGCCCCUCUGCAGUACCACAUACAAUGCUUGUCUUUCUUUAAGGUGUUAAAACAUAAUUGAAUUUACUAAAAUGGAAUUAUUCUGCAGGGGAAAUGUUUAUACUUUUUAUACUUUUUUAGGCAUCCAUAUUUUAUCAGGUUAGAGUUAAUGCCUAAAUUUCCCCUAGAUAGUAAUAAGUAAAUCCUAUGUAUCUGAAGAUAAGCAUAAUAAUUGUUUGUUUCAAACUGCAUAUUAAAGCACUUCCUCAGCUGCAAUAGCCACUGUGUUUCAAGCAGCUUGACAUGACCCGUGUUCUUCAGCCUCGGUGGCUCGUGGAGUUGCAG